AGAACUUAGGGAGAACAUACAAGUGCAGCACUUAGGGGCUUUGCUGCAGGGAGGACAGUCAGAGAGGUCCUGUGGAGACACUGCGCUGACACCUCCUGAGAUGUCUUACUGCUGGUACCAUGGCAACAUCACUCGUUCUAAAGCUGAGGAUCUGCUGUCACAGGCUGGCAAGGAUGGAAGUUACCUAGUACGGGACAGCGAAUCUGUUUGCCGGGCAUAUGCCCUGUGUGUGCUAUAUCAAAACUGCGUCUACACCUACAGGAUUUUACAGAACGCUGAUAAACAGCUGUCAGUCCAGGCAUCAGAAGGCGUUUCCAUGCGUUUUUUCCCAAACCUACAGGAGUUGAUUGACUUUUACAGGAAAGAGAAUGUGGGGCUGGUCACAAAUCUACAGAACCCUGUACAGCAAGAGGAAGAGGGGCCUGAAGAGCCAGAUGAGGAACAGGAUCCAGCUCCUCCUAAUGUUCCGCCAAGGAACUUUGCCUCGACCUUGGUAUCUGCAGAAAUAAAGGAGUGUUCACUGAGUACGGAAAAAGCUUAUAUAGGGAAUAACUCACUGCUUCUGUCGGAGACAUUGCUGCAGAAACUACAGGACACUGACACUCGAAGUGUUUCGGAAGAACAUUUACAGGCGAUUCGUCAGUACCUGUGCCUGCAUAUCACCAGUGACUGCGAUAUGGUGCGCAAUGGAUCUCAAAAUCUCCCACAGUUCAAGAAGCUUCUAAUGACCCUUUGCACUGGGCUGUACAGUGAGGUGACCCGCACUCUGCCAGCGCUGGAGUCCCUGCAGACUGCAUUUGAACCCCAGUUCUCCCCUGGAUUCAGACAGCGCUCUCCUUUGUCCAGUGACCCCAGCACCAGUAACAUGAUGAGUAAACUCACCCAGCUCACAUCCAUGGUCUCCAGCCUAGAAGAGAAGGUAAAAACAGUGCUAAUGGAAGGUGCCGCUGUGAAACAUCGCAGAUCGCUCAUACCCCCCAUAAUAUUUGAGGUUAAAGUGGAUUCUUUAGGCAUAUCUCAAAAGACUCACCUGAAAGUUGAUGUUGAAAUGGGAAAACUUAUCAUCAAGAAAGCAAAAGAUGGACCAGAUGAUAAAUUCUAUAACAGCAAGAAAAUUCUGCAGUUGGUCAAAUCGCAGAAGUUGCCAAAUAAACUAAUAAUUGUUCUGGAGACCGAAAAGGAAAAGACCCAAAGGAAAGAGUAUAUUUUUGCUGAUUCCAAGAAACGAGAAGGGUUUUGUCAAGUUCUCCAGCAGAUGAAAAACAAACAUUCAGAUCAGUUAGAACCUGACUUGCUGACGAUUUUCACUGGUACAUGGAAUAUGGGAUGUGCUCCCCCACCAAAGAAGAUCACGUCCUGGUUUCUGUGCAAAGGGCAAGGCAAGACGCGUGAUGAGACGGCAGAUUACAUAGAGCAUGACAUAUAUGUGAUUGGCACACAGGAGGAUCCACUGAAUGAAAAGGAAUGGGUGGAAAUCUUACUUCGUUCUCUAAAUGAGAUUACCACUGCAGAGUACAAACUGAUUACAAUCCAAACACUCUGGAACAUACGAAUUGUGAUCCUAGCAAAACAAGAACAUGCUCACCGAAUUAGCCACAUUUGCACCAACAGUGUGAAGACCGGAAUCGCCAACACUCUCGGUAACAAAGGAGCGGUUGGUGCCUCUUUUAUGUUUAAUGGGACCUCAUUCGGCUUUAUUAACAGUCACCUUACUUCAGGGAGUGAGAAGAAACUCAGGAGGAAGCAGAAUUACUUUAACAUACUGCGUUUCCUGGUCCUGGGUGACAAGAAGCUAAGCCCUUUCAAUCUCUCACAUCGAUUUACCCAUCUUUUUUGGCUUGGGGAUCUCAACUACCGUGUCCAGCUGCCUAAUACUGAGGCAGAGAACAUUGUUCAGAAGAUUAAACUUCAGCAAUACCAGGAGCUGCUGGCCUAUGACCAGCUAAACACGGAGCGUAAGGAGAGCCAAAUCUUCCUCCACUUCACUGAAGAAGAGAUCACUUUUCCCCCAACAUAUCGCUAUGAAAGAGGAACAAGAGAACGAUACUGCUACACCAAGCAAAAAGCAACAGGGAUAAAAUACAAUUUACCUUCUUGGUGUGACAGGGUGCUGUGGAAAUCCUACCCACAGAUGCAUGUUUUAUGUCAGUCUUAUGGAUGUACAGAAGACAUAACUACCAGCGAUCACUCGCCUGUAUUUGCCACAUUCCAAGUUGGCGUAACGUCUCAGUUUGUUUCCAAAAACAAUCCUGGUGAUUCAGAGGUGCCAGGACAUAUUGAGCUGCUGAACUGUAAGGCUAAGCUACACACCAAGAGCCACACCAAGUUCUACAUAGAAUUCCAUUCUUCCUGUUUAGAAAAUACAGUGAAGAGCGCAGAGUCAGAGGACCAGGAGGGAGACAAUGGUAUUUUAGUUGUGAAGUUUGGAAUUCUACCAAAGCUAACACCAAUCAUCUCAGACCUUGAAUAUCUCCUGGACCAGCAUCUACUGAUAUGCAUCAAAUCAUCGGACACCGAUGAGUCAUACGGUGAGGGCUGCAUUGCACUACGCAUAGAAGAUCCUGAGCAGCAACAGUUCCCAUUCUUUACUCCUCUGACCCACCAUGGAGAAGAGACAGGCCACUUCCAGGGAGAAAUUUGUCUGCAUGCAUCCUGUGGGAAACAAAGAGAGAAGCUAUAUGAUUUUGUGAAGAUUGAAAAAGAUGAAACCAUGGCACAAAAGCAAUUAAAGCCCCAGUGCAGCCAGCAAUGGGAACAUUCAACAAGGAGUACGAAAGGCUUUGUGGACAAAAUGGCCCGGAUGCGAGGCAUUCCUGUGUGCCCUCCAGAGACGCUGGGCAGUCGUACAACAACUCAGUCGGAGACACCAGAAAUGGUGGACAAUCCCCUAUACGGACCAGUGAAUAGUGGCUCCCAGCCUCCACCAACGCAGUGCCGUCUGCCCAAACCCGAACCUUCCAUUCGCACCUCUUCUGCCAUUCGCCAGCGCUCUAUGACAUAUUCUUUUCCAGAAAAGAAAGCUGCUGCUCUUGACAAAGCUGCAGCUAAGAACAUUCUACCAAAUGCAUCACAUAAUAAUGUCAACCGUCCUGAACCUGCUCCAUCUAUUGCCAAGCCCCGUCCACCUCUGCCCGCCAAGAGCCAGGCUGCUCGUGAUCCUCAGCACACCUAGUUCCAAGAAUCUGUGCAGUACAGACAGUGGACCCUGCAGAUCAUGUAUUUUGUCGAGUUAUAUCUGCUUCCUGAAUGAUUCUGCAGACAACAAGAUCUCUUCCUGAACAUUUUGGCUUUUCCAUUAACACUUACGUCAGUGACAUCAGUUUGGAUUAUUCUGGAACAUACUUGCCAACUUUGUAUAGAUGCCCUCUGGGAGAUCCCAGGGUGGAAGGUCCUGGUGGGAGGCGUUGUGGGUGUGGUGCCAUGUCCCAUUCUGUGCAAUGCUAAUAUAUAGCAUGGGGCAGGGCCAUGGUAAGGCGGUUUACAGAAGACUGAAAAUUCAAACCCCCAGACUUCCCUAUUCACUGGGAAUGUGGGCAGGUUCCAUGAGGCUAGUCUAAUCUGCGGGGAGUCCAUUCUGGGAGAGUAGACAAGUCUGUUUUGGAAUGAAAGGUGCAUUUUACGCAUUACUUUCAUUUAGUACAUAAGAACAUCAUGCUGCAGAGUGUCUACUUAACGGUCAUAGAUUGCUAACCCUGCUAAGGCAAUAUUAUAUAAUAAAGAGUAGAUUCCAUAUGGUUGGAACAAAAUGUUUACCUUAGCCACAGAAGGCAGAGGCACCAUAUCUGUGAAGUGUGGUUUUAAAAGCCUAUUACCUUAGUUUGUGCUUUGAUUACUGAGACUAGAUAGCAAGAUUUGGAACAAUUUGCACUGUAAGUCUGGGCACACAUCAGUACAGUGUGUGUCCCAACCGACGAAAACCGAUGAAUGUGUAAUAUAUCAUUACCCAUCACAUUCACCUGCAUGCCGUUGUCAGCGGAGUAUGCCCAUCUGAUGUGCUGCACAUCAGAAGGGACGACCCCACUGACAACAGCUGGGAGUGCGCCAUUGCGGGUAUACACUGAACUAUUUGAUGAAUAUAUUGUUCCGUUCCGUGUGCGAAUGAUAUAUAUAUCGUCCAAUAUAUCACCUAAUGUAAUGUAUCAUGCUUAACUUUUAAUUUAUAGUGGUACUGCUUAUGGUAGGCAUGACAGUGUUGGUCCACUACUGUGAUAGUGGGGUCUAUGCACAAAGCCUUGGAGAGACAUAAAGUACCACCCUAUCAGCUCCUAGCUGCCAUGUCACAGGCUGUGUUUGAAAAAUGAUAGUUAUGAGCUGUUUGGUUGGUAUUUAUCUCUCUCCAUGGCUUAGAACGUAGACCCCAGUGUCUAGGGCAUAUUAUUCUGAUUAUUCUGUAAUGCAGUGUGAGAAAUAAUUAUGGUGUUACACUUUAAAGGUCUUUUAUGAACUGCAAUAUUGCAAACCAACAGCACAAAUGCUUUUUUUUGUGACAUCGCUCACUAACUUUUGCGCAUUUACGCCUUAUUUUAUGGUUAGAUGCCUAGAUUUGAGGGUUAAGAAUGCAGCAUUUGUAUGAACCAGAAAAGAUAAAGAGAACUUGUCUCUUGGUGGUAUGCCAAUUCCACCCUCCUGGUGCUAAUAAUAAAAUAUGUAUAUCGCAAAUAUAUAGGUAUAUAUAAAAAAAAUGAAAAAUUCAAAACACUGCAGCGUAUGUUUUUAAGACUUGGUUAGAGUCUUGAGCAUAGAAGUGUAUAGAUAGAUUUUAAAACAUCGCGCUGUGAUAAA